GAGAAAUCCCGGUAAUGGAAGAGCCCCAGAAGAAGCUCAGUGCUCGGCACGAGGGGAGGCCCCGCAAAGUGAGGUUCAAAAUAUCAUCUGCCUACAGCGGCCGAGUGUUGAAACAGGUGUUUGAGGACGGGCAGGAGCUGGAGCUCCCGGCCAAGGAGCACUCCCGGCGCUUUGUGCGACACUGCUUCGAGCCGGAGGACCGCUGGGCUGCGGAGCUGCCCGAGCGCAGGCUGCUCCCGCCGGCCAAGCUGAGCGCGCAGAGGGUCAGCAUAUUCAAAGAGGGGCAGGCACUGGGCCUGGGCAGCUCCUCGCCUCUGCUCGACCGCCCGACCGGAGACAGCUCCUGCCAGGUAAGUGCUGUCGCCCCGCUGGGACCGGCGGCAGAGAGCCCGGCUCGGCACUGGGGACAGCAGCCUCGGACUGAGCCUCGCUCCAACAGAGCGCUUUUGGACACUGAUAAGAUCCUUCUCCAGCCUUCCCCAGUUCUAGACUUUGGCAAGAUCAUCAUCUACACAAACAACCUGAAAAUCAUCCGUGCACCAAUGGACCAGAAAGAGCUCAUGAGAAGAAUCAUCCAGACUGAGGGAAUAAAUGACUGGGCCUUCAUAUACCAGGAAAAGAAAGAAAGAUUUGGUGGUGGACAUAGAAAAGAUGUGGAAAAAAAGGUUGCCUGCAACCAGUAUGUGCAGGAAGAAGAUGAUGAACAUGGUUGUUCCCAGUGUAAGGGGUCGGGCUCUGCCCCUUGCUCCCUGUGCCAUGGAAGCAAGUUUUCAAUGCUGGCGAAUAGGUUCAGAGAGUCCUACCGGGCCCUGCGCUGCCCAGCAUGCAAGGAAAGCGGCUUGCAGCCCUGCCACAUUUGUGCUGCCUGACCAGCACUGCUGCUGUGACCUGCUGCGGAGACUGAGCUGUUCCACCUGCGGGCAGCCCAGCUGUAACACAGGGUUUAGGAGGUGGGAAAGGCACAUUGCUCACAUUUCACUGUGGAUGUGAAUCCUGUACCUCUGCUACCAACUGCCCCUCCUGUAUGUGCCUGUCUGCCCGCCCUCUGAACCAGCCCAGACCCCAGGGGCUGCAGGGUGGGUGUUCACCAGGUCAGGUCCCGACCCAUCAGUAGCAUCACUGAAUGCAGCAGGAGUAGGUGCAGCUUGGGCAGGGUAUGUGUGAGGGUGUGAAGUGUGUCUGUAACACUGUACGGUGCCUCCCCUGGGUUUAACUUGCUGAAUGAUUUAGAAUUACACUGGCUUUUGUAGUUAACUCUGUCCCUGCCCUACACUGUCACAAGCAUUUCCCAAAGACUUUCUUUCCUUACAUUUGCUUUAGUGGGCACAGUGCUAACUUUGGGGUUUGAUUUGUGGGAAGGAAUUGAAAACCCUUUUCAAACCUGGAGCUAUAAAAAUGUACGAUACUUUAUUAAUACAAAAUUAAGUUUUUAGCCUACUUAUGCGGAAGUGCUGAACCAGAAUUCCCUGCACGAUGCUCAGCACUUUUCAGGAUCAGGAUGAUGAUGAGCAGCACUUCUGUUGCCUAAUAUUAAUCCCAUGUUGUAAUCUGCAGAAGGUAAACUCUAAUUAGGUGAGGUGAAGCAACGAUGUGGGGUACUCUGCAGGCUGCCACUGGUGGCAUGGAGCACAGGGGCUUCACCAGGCUGAGGCAAACAGGGAAAACAGUAUUUUUUCCCCAGAGCAUUGACUUAUUACGUUAUACAUUCACAAGUAAUGUUAAUGCAGCCUUAACUUGUGUACUGCCUCUGAGACUGAUGAGUUAAGAGCCUGCUCACAUGUACUUCGUGCUGAGGUUGCAAGCCUAGACAGGGAAAUUUAUGGCCAAGUUUCUAUUUUCCUAUGGUAGGUUAUAAGAUUUCUCUGCAAUACUUCAGUGGUUAGGAAUUAUGCUGGUUUAGCUCCUGGACUUCCACGUGUCUCCUCCUGCAGCUGUUCAGUGAGUACCAAGGGUUUAAUUUCCAGAAAAGUGCAUAAAUCUACAGCAGGUACUUGAUUGGCUUCAUUUAUCAUAGCAGGAUCUGCAACACAAACACAUGUGGUCCUUGGGGUAUUCACUGAGCGGAGGAGACCUCGCAAAUAGUCAAGUGGAUCUCCUCCCUCCAAUUUGACCGGUUUGAUCUCAGUUUGCUGGGCCUAAGAGCGUGCUAGCAGGAUACGAGAAAAGCAAGCAGACGAAAUUGUUGCCCGGUAGUUUUACUGUUUACAAUGACCCAGAUGCAAACACGCAUUUACAAAAUCAGUAUUUAUUGUUCUUCGGUAAUCACGAUGUUUCUCAACCACUGUAACUCCUCCUGGCUGUGUCAGCUAUUCCCAUUCAUCCCAACACGUCACCGGGGCGAUGCUCGCAGCCUAGCUAUUCCCUUAUCCAUCCCGGAUCCCGCAGUGUACAAGGGAAGGCAAGGCUUGUCCGUGCCCAGCGCCGGGUUACAGCGGCACGGUCAGAGCGGUGCUCCCAGCCCGUCCAGCACACUCGGUUUAACG